AUCUGGGAAAACAACAGUUGGAAAACAUUUAGCUAAAAAACUUGGAUAUACAUUUAUCGAUAGUGGUGUCUUAUAUCAUUAUUUUGCAAUGGUUUACUCUUUUCUUUUUGAUGAUUUAAUUUACUUACAACUUAAAAGCAAAAAAAAGACAAUUAUCAAUAAUUCAGUAUUUUAUCUAGAAGAAUUUAAUCUUGUUUAUAAUCUUAAUAGUGUAUUAUAUUUAGAAAAUAGACAAAGGGCAAGAUUUGUUGUAGUUGGAUGUGAUGUAACAACAAAUAUUCUUUCAAAUGCUGAUAUAAAAAUUGUCCUUAUAGCUAAUCUAAUUACACGAAUUAAUAGAAGAUGUGAUGAAACUAAAAGCACAGCUACUGAAAUUACUCGUGAUAUUAUAUCUAGAAAUGAAAAAUCAUACAAAUUUAUUAAAAAUGCAAUUAAA